GACUCCACACCGCCAACAGGGAUGCAUCGAGGGCGCAGCGCAGCCUGAGAAUGGCACCACCACGCGUCCUGUGGAUCUAUCCGUCCCUUUCCCACUUGACCUCCCCGCUCCUUUGGCUCUUUUUCCUCGUCCUGUCGCCGUGUCAAGCCUUACGGAAUUACCCGGAGAAUGAAGUUACGUUGCUGGACUCCAUGUCGGCGCUGGCCGACCUGGGCUGGGAGGCUCACCCAAAUGAAGGGUGGGAAGAGAUCAGCGUGAUGGAUGAGAGGAACACCCCGAUGAGGACUUACCAGGUGUGUAAUGUCAUGGAGGCCAACCAGAACAACUGGCUGAGGACACGCCACAUCAGCCGUGAAGGAGCGCAGCGUGUCUACAUUGAGAUCAAGUUUACUCUGAGGGACUGUAACAGCCUGCCCGGGGUCCCUGGUACCUGCAAAGAGACCUUCAACAUGUACUACUACGAGUCCAACAAUCCCAACUUGUGGUUCAUCAAGGAAAGCCAGUACGUGAAGAUCGAUACGAUUGCAGCCGAUGAAAGCUUCACACAGGUGGAUGUUGGUGACCGUGUGAUGAAGCUGAACACAGAAGUCCGGGACAUCAGCAACUUGAGCAAGAAAGGCUUCUACCUGGCCUUCCAGGACCUGGGAGCGUGUAUCGCACUGGUGUCUGUCAGGGUCUUCUAUAAGAAGUGCCCUGUCACCGUGCUCAACCUGGCCCAGUUCCCCGACACCAUAACUGGAGGGGACUCGGCUCUGGUGGAGGUGCGUGGUGCCUGUGUCAACGCCUCUGAGGAGUUUGAGGCUCCCAAGAUGUACUGCAGCGCAGACGGCGGCUGGCUGGUUCCCAUCGGGAGAUGUGUGUGCAAGCCCGGAUUUGAGGAGAACAAGGACGUCUGCCAACCGUGCAGACCCGGAACAUACAAGGCCUUGGCCACAGACGCCUACUGCACCAAGUGUCCUCCUCACAGCUCGUCCCCGCAGGAGCAGGCCACAGAAUGCAUCUGCGAGAGGGGCUUCCACCGUGCAGACACCGACCCACGAUCCAUGCCCUGCACACGUCCUCCGUCUGCUCCGGAAAAUCCCAUCUCCACAGUGAACGAGACGUGUGCCACGCUGGAGUGGUCUCCCCCGCGGGACACGGGCGGCCGUGGCGACAUCACCUACAGCAUCCACUGCAGGAGGUGCAUGGGCGACGGCAAGAAAUGCACCCCGUGUGGAAGCAGCGUCCAUUUCGUGCCGAGGCAGUUCGGCUUGUUGUCGGCCACCGUGCUGGUCACAGACCUGCAGCCGGACUCCAACUACAGCUUCACCAUCGAGAGCCAGAACGGCGUUUCCGACUUGAGUGCUUCGCCCAGAGGAACAGCUGUGGUGAAUGUCACCACCUCACAGACAGUAAAUGUGGUGCUGAAGGAGCGAAGGAGCAAGGACAGCGUGACCUUGGCCUGGCAGGGACCAGAGAGGCCCAUCGGUGCGAUUGUCGAGUAUGAGGUCACCUACUAUGAAAAAAACCAGCGAGAGCAGAACUACACUGUCUUGAAGACUCGCUCCAACAUGAUGACGGUUGAUGGUUUGAAACCUGGCACCACCUAUGUGUUCCUGGUGCGGGCGAAGACGGACGGAGGCUAUGGGAGCUACGGUGGGGAGAUCGAACUGGAGACUAGCCACGAAGAUGUUUUGGCAAUCGGAGACCCCAACCAAUCGACUAUAUUGGCCGUGUCUAUCGCGGGUGGCAUCAUCCUCCUGAUCUUUUUGGUGACUUGUUUCGUUGUCAGUGGGAGGCACUGUGGAUACAUCAAAGCCAAGCAGGACCCAGAUGAAGAGAAGAUGCAGUUCCAGCAUGGCCGAGUCAAACUUCCUGGCAGCAGAACCUACAUCCAUCCUCACACCUAUGAAGACCCCAACCAGGCUGUCAGAGACUUCGCCAAGGAAAUCGACGCUUCCAACAUUCGAAUCGAGCGAGUCAUUGGAGCGGGCGAGUUUGGCGAGGUGUGCAGUGGUCGGCUGCGUGUUCAAGGAAAACGGGAGAUCUACGUCGCUAUCAAGAGCUUGAAGGCCGGAUACUCUGACAAACAGAGAAGAGACUUCCUGUCUGAGGCGUCAAUCAUGGGCCAGUUCGACCAUCCAAACAUCAUCCGACUGGAGGGGGUGGUCACCAAAUGUAAACCGGUGAUGAUCAUCACGGAGUUCAUGGAGAACGGAUCUCUGGACACGUUCCUCAAGAAACAUGACGGCCAGUUCACAGUGAUCCAGCUGGUCGGCAUGCUGCGCGGCAUCGCCUCCGGUAUGAAGUAUCUGUCAGACAUGAGCUACGUGCACCGAGACCUGGCGGCCAGGAACAUCCUGGUCAACAGCAACCUGGUGUGUAAGGUGUCAGACUUCGGCCUCAGCCGAGUUUUGGAGGACGACCCUGAGGCGGCGUACACUACAAGGGGCGGGAAGAUCCCCAUAAGAUGGACAGCUCCGGAGGCAAUAGCUUACCGGAAGUUCACCUCAGCAAGUGACGUGUGGAGUUACGGAAUCGUCAUGUGGGAGGUGAUUUCAUACGGAGAGAGACCCUACUGGGAGAUGUCGAACCAGGAUGUCAUCAAAGCAAUAGAUGAGGGCUACCGUCUUCCUGCGCCGAUGGACUGUCCCGUGGUCUUGCACCAACUCAUGCUGGAUUGUUGGGAGAAAGGACGGAGUGAAAGGCCAAAGUUUGGACAGAUUGUCACAAUUCUGGACAAGCUUAUCCGGAAUCCUUCAAGCCUGAGAGAGCUGGCCAACAGCCCAGGAUGCAGGGACGAGCCCACCACCCCCGAGUUCAGCGUGAGCACGGUGGAUGAGUGGUUGGAGGCCAUCAAGAUGGGCCAGUAUAAGGAGAACUUUGCCAGCUCCGGAUAUGUCAGUUUGGACUCCAUCCUCUACAUCAGUGUCUGUGAAUUAGCAAAGAUGGGUGUUACCUUGGCCGGCCACCAGAAGAAAAUCUUAUCAGGCGUGCAGAGCCUCCAGACCCAGGGGUCGCAUGUCCAAGUAUAACAGCUUCCACGAAGACAUGCUGAGGCAGAACCAAACAGAUGCUCCUCUACAGAUUUGCUAUGAAUGCUGCGCCAUUAACUCCCGAGUUCCACAGAGAUGUGACCACCACGGACUCUUGACUCGUUCACCUUCACGCAGUUUUCAUUCAUUCUGAUAUUCUUGGUGGGCACGACCAGCUUUACCAGAGCUACAAAGAGACACGUGACGUGCCGCAAACAUCAAGAUCAUCCCCGGCUACUUUACAACAUAUCAGAAAGAUUUUUUGACAACUGAAUGAAAGAGGACUCGAUUAUCAUCACUGUCUGUGAGGUCUGCAGUCUGUUUUCUACUCUUAUCUUGUCUCCGAAUCACACUGCGAGGAGUGGGAGGGAGUACAGCAAACUGUAAAUGUGUAGAUACGUGUUUAUAGGGACUUUGUGUCCCACACCUGUAGAGAUGGACCUAACGUUUGUAUCGGUGUUUAUAAUGCUGCGCUGUAGGAGUUUUUAUCUGUCCAGCCACUUUCAUUCUAGAGUGUGAAUAACAUGAAAGUUGGGGGGUGAUGUCAGGGUAGUGAAAGUAUGGACCUGUGAGAAGACAAAGAGAGGACACAGUUGAGUCACAUGUACACUAUGACACUUAGAAAAACACCUCUAGUCCACAUAGUGGGGUUUUCAAGAAGCGCAGCGUUUUAGGUUACUAAAUAAAACCUAUAAAUUAAAUGAUCAGUAUUUAUGAUUGUCUUGGAAAGUAGUCUUUAAAGGGUCCACAAUAUGUAAAGCCGAUAAUAAUUUUCAAUCCACGCUUUCUGCCUUUGACCAAUCACAACAUCAGAGGCGUUGCCUUGACCUAAGGGGCGGAGCCAAACCAUCCGCUUCAACUGAAAAUGACUGUAAAAUUCCACAAUAUUUUCCUGGAAAAAAAGUCUUUCAAAUCUUAAUAUGAGACUUUGAAGAUCCAAACCUUGGUUCUUACAUUAUUUUUUUUAUUUUACAAUAAUUUAUUUCCAAACACAAACUCUGCUAAGUUUGCCUUCGGAACGCAAAAGUGUUUUUAUGCUGCAAAAACUUUUUACCCAGCAGAUUAACUUCUGAAACUUCUAUUGCGGCUAAAAGACAAGCAAACACUGCUUUCAUGUGUCCCAGUGUACGUGUGGACUGGGAGAUGGGAGAUUUGCUAAACUGAAAAGGACACGGGCUUCCCUAGCGACCACUAGCAGAGACACUUCCAUAGCAACCAGACCUCAGGCGCACAGACAGAACCACUGGCACUUCUGAUGUAAGUGAGUGCAAAAAGAAAACCAGCUGAAGUUGCGUUCAGCCAAAAAUAUUUUUUUCCCCAAAGACGUGCAGGGCUUCGAAUAACAUCCACUCAGCUGUUGUCAGAUAUUGUUGUUGGGGAUUAUUGACUUUUAAUUCAAGUGAAACGCUGCAGCUAUGGUAUUGUGGACGGUGUUCCGGACAAUGUUUUCCCGGUGUUGCGUCAUGUGUAGAGUAAUUUUGAACCAUUAAUCUGGGCUGGAUGUCCACCAGUUAUUUACUCGUCCUUUCGCUGCACAGAGCCGGCCGCAGUAAUGAUAGUGUUUUGUCAAGGUAGAAGGGCAGAGAUUACUGGGAAGAGUUUACGCAGUGGUGAUGUGGAUUCAAUAAGUCGUGGGCUUUCAAUUAAAAAAAGAUGAUCAUGUGUCUUGUAAUGUCGCACUUUCUUGUUAGUCCUCACGAAAGCGUAUCACUCCGAGCAUCGGUGAACUCCGACAGACUGGAAACCGCUGCUUACCGCAUUCAUUUCUGACUCUUUAGGUUCACUUCUUUAACAGCGCUGCUUCUAGAAUAAUCCAUGUGGUACUCUAUAGAACCAACCGUGGCAAACAGUAUAUAUGAUUGUAUCAUAGUGUAAAUACUGUACAGUGUUGAUUUACAAUGUUAGAAUGUGUGUAAUGAUAAUGACUACGAUGUACUUUACUUGUGAAAAAGAGAUUUGUGGUGAUUCAUUCAAGGCGUGGUGGAGGGAAAGGACGCGAUGAAAAACAAGGAAUGUAUUCAGUUUGCAAAGCGCCAGCUUUGAUUGGCAGGUGACAGUGACUGCAGUUUGUUGUGUCGAGUCAGAAAGAGUGGGAUGAACUUGUCGACCUAAAGAUGCACUGGUUCGACUGAACAUGUAUUAUCCAGGAAGCGAUAAAUAGUAGCGUCGCAGCAUAAACUAGGUCAAGCCGGUUGGCAACUCAAAUGUGUUGCUUGUCUCCUUAAGGCAUUAAAGCAGAGACUUCCUGGCUCUGAAGUGCUUCAGCAAGCCUGAGUCACCCGCUCAGAUCUACUGACGCACCUCAAACCGCCUUUAUUUAAAGACAAUGUCGUGUUAUAUUCCCUGAAGUUGACGCUGCUCAAUACAAUUUGGUACCACGGAACCGUCCGAGCAAUGUUAUCUCUCUUCCGAGUGCUAGUUUUUCUCCGUUAUUACCCCUCUAUUUCCAGUCAAGCUAUGUUCAUCCUACCCUUUCUGACUCCAUGAAUCAGUCUAGUGGAAGCCCCUUGACUGCUGGCUUUUUAGAUGCCUUAUUUACCAAGCUCUCUUUUUUUGUUGUUACCCUGAGGUGAUUAUUUGACAAGUGUUUACUAUAUGUACAGGUAUUAUUUAUCUGUGUUCCUAAGAUGACUUCACAUCUACACUUUGUGCGAGACACUCCCUUCAGUUCUCAACUUGACCGAAAUGCCCUCAGGAGUUUAAAUAGAGAAGCGGAACUGUUAUUUAUUCAAAUAAGAGAACACACUCUUGUCCAAGAAAAUGCACAGAUAUUGAGAAAAACAAUAACCCAUGACCUUUGUUGUCACCCACACACAGGAAAUAGUGGUAUGAAAAGGCCAGGUGAACAACCCUCUCAGGCCACACCUCACACAAAGUCAUGUGUGUUGGUCUAAGGACAGUGUUAGUUCCUCACCAUCUCUGUAUUGUGAAUGUUAUCGAGUGCUCUUAUUUCAGAUGUCUCUCUAUUCUUCUUUGACCACACGGCGUCGCUUAUUUACACCGGUUUCCGAUGUGUUGCUUGUUGUGAAGGGUACGGGCAUUCUAAUGUCUUUCAUGUCGCUGUAAUAAAUAUGCUAAUAUUUCUAA